UGCAGAGGAGAAAAUAUGUAGAUGGGUUAGGGUGGGCAAGGGUGUGUAUAUUGUACUUUUACACGAAAUUUUGUAUAAAUAAUAGAAAACUCAUUCAGUCUAAGAUAUUCAAAUUAUAUUAAUUUAAUUACAGAAGCUUAACGUAAAUAUACAUCUGUGAUUAUUUCUUUUAGAUAGCUUGCAAUUAGAGCCUUAUAAUAAGUUUCGUUUAAAUGCGGCAGAACUAUCAACAUUGUAAUGUUGCUAGGCAACGCUGUUAUCAAAACAAAUUGUUUUUUAAGUGCGCAGUUAAAGCAUUAAAUCUGUUAUCUUAAAAAAUAAAUAACUAUGAGGUUGAAGUACGCCAAGACGCUUCUGGAAGCGCAGUGUAUUUUGCAGGAUUGCGAGAGUCCUAUUGCUGAUAUCUGCUGGUCACCUAACAACGUUAAGUUAGCGGUAGCAACUUGUGAUAGGCAAGUGCUUUUGUUCGACCGAGAUGGUAACCGCCGUGAUAAGUUUGUCACCAAGCCUGCUGACUCAGCUGCAGGGAAAAAGUCGUAUGUUAUUACAAGCAUAUCCUUCAGCGAGAACUCAGAAAUGAUUGGCGUUGCUCAAAGUGAUAACAUGGUGUUCGUGUAUCGCGUUGGCGCGGACUGGAGUGGAAAAAAGGUGAUAUGUAACAAAUUUCCUUUGACUGGCGCACCGAUGUCGCUGCUACCGGCAGAAAAUGGCUUCUACACGGGUACGAGUGAUGGUAAGAUAAGGUCAUUGGAUUGCAAGAUUAAUAAGAGCAGCAGCAUGUGGACGGGAGGGGCGUGCUGCGUGGCCUUAGCACGUGGCGGGGAGGGCACGCUGGCAUCAGGUCAUGUUGAUGGCACGCUGUAUCUUAAUGGACGACUAUUGCUACGAUAUACUCUACCGCCCACAGCUCUUGUCCUAUUGCCGCCUUAUUUAAUAGUGGGAUCGUGUGAUGGCCGUGUAGCUGUGUACGAAGCCCAACGUGGGGCUCUUCUGCGUAGCUUAGAGCCUUCCCUACCACCGGACCGACGCGAUAUAAUAUCGGCCGCGCCUAGCCCGUCUGGACAAACUGUCGCAUUCGGCGUGUUUGACGGAUGCCUAGUAGGUGAGAUGAAGGAGUCUGGCAGUGUAGAAUUGGCCAUGCUAAACAUACCUAACUUUUAUGCGGCACGCGCUUUAGCAUGGAGCGGAGAUGGGACCAAGCUGGCUAUCGCUUCACAAACAGGAGCCGUGAUUCAGUUAGAAGCGGUGCUAAGGCGUUGGGUGUGGCGAGAUACAGUGGCGGUGCAGCACGUGAGCGCGCGGCAGCUGGUGCUGACUCGCCUUGCCAACGAUGCGCUGCCUCUUACUGUCACCACAAAGCACGCACCCGAUAUUUUUAACGUGCGGUUCAUCGGGAACGAUUGGUACGCAGUGUGUCGUACCAGUAGUACACUAAUUUUAUGUGACAUAGCAAGAGGUCUCACCAGCGAGAUCCCGUGGUCUGGUAGCGGUGAGCGGGUAUAUGCAGCUGUGGGUGGAGCGUGCCUACUGCACAGGGCUGGCGAGUUGAGCGUCGUCGAGUAUGGCCUCGACAAAGUCUUACAUACAGUACGGACGGAACGCGUGAACCCACACGUGUUAAGUGUCCGUAUUAACGAAGGAGCCGCUAGCGGUAAUGAGUUAAGCGAUAGAAAGCACCUAGCCUACCUACUGGAUAGACAGACCAUCGCUGUGGUAGAUCUUGCGACCGGAAUACAACUAGGUCAGUGGUGGCAUGAAGCUCGCGUCGACUGGCUCGAAUUGAACGAAAGCGGACAGCUCCUACUUUUGAGAGACACAAGACGCCGGCUGGCAUUGUUAAGACUACAUACAGGAGACAAAGAAAUCAUUGCUAGCGGCGUAUCAUUUGUGCAGUGGAUUGAAAAUAGUGACGCAGUUGUCGCUCAAACUCCAACUCAUCUUCUCGUCUGGUACAGUGCAUGGGAUUCUGGUAGCGUCGAAAUGGCAGAGUGCGGUGGCGCUGUUGCCGUCGAAGUGAUCUCGCGCCGAGUUGUGCUUGAUGGAGGGUUACUCCCGUAUCUGCAGUUAGACGAACAUCGACUUGCAUUUAAUAAUGCACUUCGGAGCGGCGACUUGGAUGGAUGUGCAAAAUACCUGGACGGUGUGGGCAACAAUGCGGAUGUGGCUCCUUUGUGGCGACAACUGGCUGAACGUGCAUUGGCUGACGAAAAUGUCCAAUUGGCGGCCAAAUGUUACCGUGAAGUUGAUGAUGAGGCGCGCACUUUUUAUUUGGAGAAAACUGUAGAAUUAGCGGCUGCUGAAGGGGACGGCGACGUCACAGUUGGUUUAAACAAUGCCAUAGUUAGAGCUCGUCUGGCAAUAUUUGCUGGCGACCUGGCUACGGCUGAAGAGUGCUAUGUCCGGCGCGCUGGUCGUCCGGACCUAGCCGUUGAUAUGUACAAACAGUUUAAUAAAUGGACUGACGCUAUAGCUCUCGCCGAGAGAACCGAUCGCGCGUCGGUAGCCACAAUGAAACAGCAGCACAUGGAUUAUUUAACAUCAACUGGAAGAUUAGGUGAAGCUGGGGCAGUCCUAGCUGCAUCCGGAGACAUUCAAGGCGCAGUAAAACUUUGGUUGCGGGGAGGACGUUCACGGCGCGCUGCCGCUCUCUUGUUACAGCACCCGCAUUUACUGAGAGAUACUGAUUUGAUAGAAGCUGUACAUACACAGCUAAUUCAGGAAGAAUGGUGGGAAACAGCCGGAGAAAUAUCAGAACGCAGAGGUGACACUCGGGCUGCGGUGGAGUAUUACGCGAAAGGAAAUAAUUAUGCAAGAGCCGUCCAACUGGCUAGAGAGGCGUGUCCUAGCGAGGUGACAGCUCUGGAGGGUCGGUGGGGUGCGUACCUGGUGUCCGCGCGGCAAGCGGGCGCCGCCGUGCCGCACCUCAUCGAGGCGGGCCAGUCUCGCGCCGCGCUGGACGCCGCGCUCGCCGCGCACCACUACAGGAAGGCGCUGCAGAUACUGCAGGCAAUCGAUGACAAGGAUUCCAUCAAAGAACAGUGUGAAAGACUUGGCGAUCAUUUUAUUUCGACACGUGAAUGGGAGACAGCAGAACGUGUGCUGACAUCAUGCGGUAUGGCGGAGCGAUGUGUGAAGGCUUACAACGCGGCGGGUAGAGUCGCGGACGGCCUGCGCCUCGCCGCGGGGCAUCUCACGGAGGAACAAACCAGGGAAAUAUACAUGCCUCUCGCACAACAACUUAGAAUGGACGGACAACUGCGCAAGGCUGAGCAGAUCUAUAUCGGGCUAGGAGAACCAGAUGAGGCUAUAUCCAUGUAUAAGGAAGCAUCUCAAUAUGAGGCUAUGUUGCGACUGGUGGCAGUUCACCGCGGCUCGUUACUAGAAGCGACGCGCCGACACGUUGCGCAGGCGCUCCAUGCUUCUGGAGAUCUUCGCACAGCUGAAAAUUAUUAUAUACAAGCUGGUGACUGGAAAAGUGCAAUUCAGAUGUAUCGUUCAGCUGGUCAGUGGGAAGGUGCGGAACGAGUCGCCCGCGCCCACGCUCCUAGUGGUGUUCAACAACAGGUGGCACUGCAAUGGGCUGGCGCUCUUGGUGGUGCGCCGGCUGCUCGUCUGCUGGCGGCGCGAGGUCUUGCAGCCUUAGGAGCUCGUUGGGCUAUACAAGCACAAAGAUGGGAUAUUGCAAUGGAGUUGUGUUCGCUUGGCGGUGGUAUGACUCGCAGUGAGGUAGCGCGGGCCGAGGCUGCCUCGUUAGCGGACGAGCAUCCCGACGAGGCGGAAGCCGCCUUCCUCCGCGCCUCUGCCCCUGACCACGCCGUACGCAUGUGGCUGCAGCAUGGGAAACAUCAGCGAGCGCUCACGUUGGCUGAACAACAUGCACCACAUAUGGUAGAGGAGGUGCUAGUGGAAGGAGCAAGGGCAGCAGCUGAACGCGGUGACUUACCUCAAUUUGAGGCACUUAUGAUACGAGCCAACAGGCCGCGCGAGGUCGUACAGCAUUAUAAAGAUUUAGAGUUGUGGGACGAAGCGGCUCGCGUGUCCCGUGAGUACCUGCCGGACAGCAGCGGCGGCAGCGGCGCGGGGGGCGAGGGGGUGCCCGGCGAGGUGCCGGCGCUGCUGCAGCGCGCGGCGGCGCACGCGGACGCGGCCGAGUGGUGGGAGGCGGUGCGCCUGCUGGGAGCCGCCAGCGCCGCCGCCGCCGCCGCCGCCGCGCCGCGCCUGGCCGAGCGCGCCGCGCUGCGGGCCGCCCGCCUCGCGCGCGACCACCUGCACGACGCGCGCCGCCGGGCCGCCGCCGAUAUGCUGGCUGAGAGGUUUGCUGCUAUCGGUCAGACUGACAUCGGUGAACAACUUCGAGCUGCACUUUCCGAGGGCUAUGCGACGGAAGACGAGGCACCAGCUAUCCACAAAUCAGCUUCGUCGACGGAAUACGAAGCAGCAGAAGAGGCUGAAGCCAGCGGGGCGGAGACGGAGGAGUCGUCGUCGGCGGCGCUGGAGCGGCUCGCGCGCGCCGGACACUGGCAGCGCUGCCUGGCGCACGCCGCCGCGCGCGCGCCGCACUACGCGCUGCGAUACGCCGCACACAUGUUCAAGGCGCACCCGCGAAUGGAAGGCAUUGACAUCGAGUCGGAGGAAGCACCUGAAGUGCUCUCCCAGGUUCUAGAGGUGUUACGGCAGUACCUCAGUAGUGGCGAGCCCGGCAUAGACUCUCUGACGGGCAGCGACGCGCCGCUCGCCAAGGCCGUCUGUAGCGAGAUACUGGUUAGAGUGUCUACUGCACCGAAAGCAUUUGCUGCCCUGAAGGACGCUUCUGGUGUUAUGGUUAUUGCAGGUGCAGAAGAUCGAGCUUUACAGGCUAUUACCCUUUUGAUGGCACUCCAUGUGCCUCAAAUAGCUGGAAAAGCAGCUCGCGCUUUGCCUCGUUAUACAGACAUCAUCGUAGCAGAUGUUGCGUACUACGCUUGCGGUAUGGCCGUCCGAGCAGAGGGUGCGAGUGGUGCGCGCGAAGCCUUUGUUUUGCUUAAUCGCUGUCUGGACCUCGCCGAGGCUGCUGAUGACGAUUCAGCACAUUUACUAGACUACACUGAUUUCGAGUGUACAGACUGGAGCCGCACGCCGCUCCUGUUAGAGAGUGGCUGCGUGCGCGGCGGAGCGCUGGAGGACGCCCGAGAGUGGGUGCUGGCAGUGUCCAUGGACCAGGCCGUCGAACAGACUUUACCGGUGGACAGUCGCGGGAUGUAUGCUUCGAGUGUGGCUGAUUCUGAAGCAUGCUGUGUCAUUACCGGCUAUCCCUUAGGAUCGAGGCUGGUGACAUUUACUAAUGGUCGUUGCGCUAAUCGCGAGUGGUGGUCGCGAUGCGCGGGGGCGGCGCGGGCGGGCGGCGCGGCGGCCGCGCUGCUGCGCGUGCUGGACGCCUGGUGCGGGCCUGCCGACGUGCACCAUGGGUAGGAGGCCAUCAUAAUUUGUGUAGAUAUAGC